UUCUCUCCGUAUAUCUGGAAAUAUGAUCAGCGCCCCUGACGUGGUGGCCUUCACCAAAGAGGAGGAGUACGAAGAGGAGCCUUACAAUGAGCCCCCCCUGCCGGAAGAGUACUCGGUGCCACUCUUCCCCUUCGCCAGCCAGGGAGCCAACCCAUGGUCCAAACUGUCCGGGGCCAAGUUCUCUCGGGACUUCAUCCUUAUUUCCGAGUUCUCGGAGCAGGUGGGACCCCAGCCCUUGCUGACCAUCCCCAAUGACACCAAAGUUUUUGGUACUUUCGAUCUCAAUUAUUUCUCCUUGCGGAUCAUGUCUGUGGAUUACCAGGCUUCCUUUGUGGGCCAUCCCCCUGGUUCUGCCUACCCCAAGCUUAACUUUGUGGAGGACUCCAAGGUGGUGCUGGGAGACUCCAAGGAGGGAGCCUUUGCCUAUGUGCACCACCUUACCCUGUACGACCUAGAGGCCCGGGGCUUUGUGAGGCCCUUUUGCAUGGCUUAUAUCUCAGCGGACCAGCACAAAAUCAUGCAGCAGUUUCAGGAGCUCUCGGCUGAAUUUUCCAAAGCUUCUGAGUGCUUGAAGACAGGCAACAGGAAGGCUUUUGCGGGAGAACUUGAAAAAAAACUGAAAGACUUGGAUUACACCAGGACAGUGCUGCACACGGAAACGGAGAUCCAGAAGAAAGCCAAUGACAAAGGCUUUUACUCAUCUCAGGCGAUUGAGAAAGCCAAUGAACUGGCCAGUGUAGAGAAGUCCAUCAUUGAACAUCAAGACCUGCUGAAACAGAUCCGCUCGUACCCGCAUCGAAAGUUGAAGGGGUCUGCUCCGUGUCCUGGGGAGUCGGAACACACUCAGGAUCAGGCCAGCCAGGCAGCCGCUACCUCUAACCUUGAUGAGUCUGCUGACACAGACCUCUACACCUGCAGACCUGCUUAUACCCCAAAACUCAUCAAAGCAAAGUCCACCAAGUGUUUUGACAAGAAGCUGAAGACCUUGGAAGAGCUCUGUGACACUGAAUAUUUCACCCAGACCCUGGCUCAGCUCAGCCACAUAGAGCACAUGUUCAGAGGAGACCUGUGCUACCUCCUGACCAGCCAGAUUGACAGAGCACUUCUAAAACAACAGCAUAUAACAAACUUUCUCUUCGAAGAUUUUGUGGAGGUCGAUGACAGGGUGGCAGAGAAACAAGAGAGUGCACCCCCUAGGCCUGGUCCAGGCAGGCCGCCUUCCAGAUCUUUGGAGGAAUGUCCGAUUCCUCAAGUGUUAAUUAGCGUUGGUUCUUACAAGUCCAGUGUAGAGUCUGUGCCCAUCAAGAUGGAGCAGGAACUUGGAGAUGAGGAGUACAAGGAAGUGGAGGUGACAGAAAUGAGCAGUCUUGACCCCCAGGAAAACUUGGACUACCUGGAUAUGGAUAUGAAAGGGAGCAUCAGCAGUGGCGAAAGCAUCGAGGUUCUGGGCACAGAGAAGUCCGCCGCUGUGCUGCCUAAGUCUGACAGCCAGGCCAGCCUCACGGUGCCACUGAGCCCCCAGGUGGUCCGGAGCAAAGCAGUCAGCCACAGGACCAUCAGCGAGGACAGUAUUGAAGUCCUCAGCACCUGCCCCUCGGAGGCCCUCAUCCCUGACGAUUUUAAGGCCAGCUACCCAAGUGCCAUUAAUGAAGAAGAAUCCUAUGCAGAUGACAGUGAUGGAGCCAUCCACUUCCGGGCCAGCGUCAGCCCGCCGGAGCUGGGUGAGGCAGAGGAGGGCAGCUUAGAAACCCCCCCGUCACAAAUAGACACCUCCUGCUGCAUUGGGAAGGAGAGCGACAGUCUGCGGGUGCCCCUCUCCCCUCCAGCCCACAUGCCCUUGGACCAGGACGGAGUGGUGAGCAUCCCCCCGCAGCGCUAUAGGCAGAAGGAUCAGGGGUUCCAUGUGGACUUUGCAUUGGAAAAUGCCAACCCUUCCCGAGACGACAGUUCCGAAGGCUUCCCUGCUGAUGAACUGGACCCAGAUCGCCUGCUGGCGAGCCGGGACGUCAGUAAGACCAGCUUGGACACCUGCUCGGACACUGCCAGCAACAUGAGCAGUGUAACCUCCACCAGCUCAGACCGGACUCCCGCCUCCGCUCAUUCCAGCGGCUCCUCUUCCGAGAGGCAUAAAAAGAGGGCCGGCCAGAACGCCUUAAAAUUCAUCCGUCAGUACCCCUUUGCCCACCCGGCCAUCUACUCCCUGCUCAGCGGAAGGACACUUGUGGUCCUGGGUGAGGACGAGGCCAUAGUGAGGAAGCUGGUGACGGCGCUGUCCAUCUUUGUCCCCAACCACAGCCGUUAUGCCAAACCGGUGAAGCACUGGGUCUGUUCUCCUUUGCAUAUCACGGAUUUUCAGAAGUGGAAGCUUAUCGGCCUGCAGAGGGUGGCGUCCCCCGCCGGCACCAGCAGCCUCCACGCCCUGAGCCGCUAUAGCCGCUACACCAGCGUCCUGGACCUGGACAACAAGGCCCUCCGCUGCCCCCUAUACCGGGGCGCCCUGGUGCCCCGGCUGGCCGACCACCGCACGCAGAUUAAGCGGGGCAGCACCUACUACCUGCACGUCCAAACCGUGCUGACCGAGCUCUGCUCCAAGGCCUUCCUCUACACUUUCUGCCACCACCUGCACCUGCCCGCACACGACCAGGAGACCCCGGACGUGGUUGCUGGACGCCAGGCGAGCUUUCUGAAGCUGACCCUGGGCCUGGCAAACGAGGACGUGAAGGUGGUCCAGCACCUGGCCGAGCUGCUGAAGCUGCGCUAUACGCAGGAGGCUCCCGGAACCGGCCGCCCCACGCUCAGGUUCGACUACGUGCCCAGCUUUUUGUACAAGAUCUGACGUCCGCCCCAGCCACUGUGACUGAGACCUGUGACCCAGGGUACAGGGAGGGGAGGGGUGGGCGUGAGCGAGCAGGCCUCUGAGCUUUUGAGACUUCUGGUGUCAUCGGGGGAGGGAACGCAAGGUGGCAGCCCCGGUCCCCGGGUGGCGUCGGGUGGGCUGGGAGGUGGACUCGGGCAGAGGCGGGUGCCUGGUUCUCGGCGUCAGUGAGGACAGCGACAGACCCGACUCCACCUAGCAAGGAGUGGCUCCUGCGGUCGGGAGGGGGGCCACUUGGCUUCCUGAGGACUGGGCAGCAGGCCGGGAGGGAGCCAGCACUCUCUCGAUGGGGCGGGAUGAAGGGCGGAAAGGUGAAGCCCAGACAGGAGGGGCAUGCUGGCAGGGUCAGCUCCCAAACACUGGGUGGCCAGAUCAGGGGAAGCACUCCGUUCCCUGGAACAGUUUAGUGGGGGACAGGACGACAGACCAUCCAUUGCCUCAUCCAGAUCCCACCUGGGGUCCUUCCCUCCGGCCCCCUAGAGCCCACCAUCCCGGAGGAGGCCCCUGCAUGAGUGAGGUGGAGGGAGGCAGCUCUGCCUCAGCUGGGCGCUGGCAGACACGGAACCUUCUGGGCCCCGAGGCUGUAGGGAGAGCGAGCAUUACCCUGUCUGGUCCUGGCUUCCGCACUAGGCACAGAAGUGCCCGUGGGUGGUCUUUGCGGCUGCUUUUUCCGGGGCAGCAGGAGUGGCUAGAGUUAGGCACUCGUCCUUGCUUGUGAGAACCACGCUCGUAGCUAGAGAGCCUGGGAGAUGGGCAGGGCCAUGAGGCCUCGAGGCCGGCAGCACUGUGCAAGGGUUGGGGAGCCAGCAGGCCUCUGGGAGGCUGGAGGCCAUGAGGCCACACUGUGCUCUUGGGGACGGUCGGCAGAUGUGCUGGGUCUCAGCCGAGGUCCCCCUCCCUCCCCCAGUCCUCUACCCGCAGCAAACCUUUGCAACCACUUCACUACCUCUUGCAGGGUCUCCUGGGCAUGGUGACAGUGGGGUUCUGCCCAGCUGGUUGGUCUGGGAAGGCAGCCCAGCUGGCGAGAACCCAGGGCCAGGGUCUUCUCCGGGAAGGAGGAAAGCCUCCUUGCAUGGCUGUCUUCAUGGACCUGGCCCCUGGGAGCCUCCCCACUGCUCACUUCUGCCCCCGCGCUGCCCCCGCAAAUACACAAACCUCACCCCUGUUCACUCCCGCCGCACUCGGGCCCCCCAGGUAUGGUUACCUCACCGCGGCCACUCACCUUGCAGCAGCUCACUCCCAGCCCCACGUGAGCCCUCCCCCCAGGGAAGGAGACAGUCCCCACUUCACUCGCCGUGACCUCCCUAAUGCCCCUGACACAGUUGCUGUUGGUUUGUAGAUGGAGGAUUUCUUGCAACCUUGCAAUUUUUAUACUCUUUUUCCCCCGUUUUUUUAAUGGCUGCUUUUUUCCUCCAAGUAGGGAAAACCCUUAGUAUGACAGCUUUUUAACGUGGUCCGAGAGAAUUGUGCAGCAGACCCGGACCUGGACUGGCCAGAAGGCGGUUGCUCCUGGGCGUGCACGUCUCCGGGCGCUGCAUACUGUGUCCUUAGGGUCUUGCUGUCGAGAUCUGCCUCCCCGGCAGCUCUGUGGUGCACCACGGAGGCCGUGUAGGGCAGGCAGGGACCCGAGACGAGUGUUCGUGUCAUGUCACUCCUGUGGCCCCUUCCUUGCCCAGCUCCUCCAUUGGCUCCCGGCCGUCGGCUUCUGUCAGGGCCCCCAGUCCUGGAAGGAGGUGUGUGAUUUUGCUUCUGAGCCUGGGAUUGAGAAAGAACCUUCUGUGGCAGACGGUCUGUCUACAUCCCAUGGGUUUUCUUUGUACCUGUGCCCGUUGCAUAUGUUCCCACGCAGAAGAGUCGCCAGGAACGACUUGGCAGCUUCGAAAGGCGAAGCUUGUGUUUGCACGUGGUGAAGGCUGUGUAGGAAGCCUGUUUCUCUCCGUGGCCUCCCCACUUCAUCGCUGCCUCCAGUGUCCCUCAUGUUCAAGAUGCUGUUUUGUUCUCUAACUGGGUGGCUCACUGCUGUCUGCUCAUGCCUCCAGGGACAUGACCUUACGACACUUUAUCUCCAUGGCACGGGAAGGUCUCUGGGGUCCACAGAUGAGACUGAAAGUGAUCAUUGGUACCUUCGUUAACUUUUCUUUUCUGUGUCACACCAUCGUGGACUGCACAGUGGUGUCACCGUGCUGUCACCCAGGAAACUGAUCAAGGCAGAAGGUCAGUCCUCCGUGGCAUUCCAGCAGCAAAAGCCAUCACUACAGUGCUCUGAAGUAGAUGUCACUUUGGAGGGGGUUUGCGUGGAAGCUCUGUCUCAGGGAUGGUUACAAAGGCCCCAGGAUGCUGAGGCGAGGGACCAGGCGCGGGUGAGCAGAACAGGCGUGUCCUGUCCUGGGGCUGGCCUCCGGCUCAACUAAGGAAGGAUUUUCUCCCUUGAACCUUCCUGCAUGGCUUCACGGACCAGUAGGUAGAUUCUAGGUUUUAAAUUUUGGUUAAAGUCUAACUUUCCAUUGUGGCCGUUUCAAAGGAUGGCUGGAUGCCAGGGGUGUUUCUUUCCAGAGGGAUUUCAAGGUGGUGCUGGGACAGAGCCAGAUUGGGAGGCGCUGGACACCGUGGACCUGCACUUCCCAGACCCCCUCCACUUUGGAGAACCCACUAGAAGUCCUUCAUCUCAAUCUGAAGGUGGGGGGAGCCCUAUACAGUGGGACUCCUCUCUUUAUGAAUUUUCAUUUGAGUUUUGUCUCAAAUAAAACGUGUUAAAAACCCUUCGCAGAAAAUAGAGGACAUCUGUGCCUCUUACUACUUUGUCAGUCCUGACUCCCUUUGAAGUCCCAGGCACCAGAAGUGUGUAUGGGGUUUAUUUUGGCUUUAAUUCUCAUCUAGUCACACUUCCUGCCCCACCCCCAACCCUUUUUCAAGCAGGUCCAGGCCGAGAGCAGGCUGAUCAGCUAGUGGUCCUGCAGCAGUGAUUUCUAGAAACUCCACGUGACAGAGUCAUCAGAGCCUUUGUAGCACCGGGGCCCUUGGGAUGCUCUGACCUGAGCCGCUGUUUCCUUAGGGAUCUUGCUCCUUUGGUAGACUCUUCAAAUUUUAGAAAUCGUGACUUAUCCAUGAUUUACUGUAGUGGCUGAAGUUACGUGACUUGCACCAGAAUUUGGAAAUGAACCAUGGUGCCCCCCCCCCCCCCGCCCCGUCAUUUCCCAUCCAGCUUUUAACUUCUUUGUUGCUAUAUUUAAGGUACGGUAGGUUUCCACCUCAGACAAAGAACACAGCCCAGUUCAAAUACUAGGAAGGUCAACAGAUUGUACCCCAAGUGCCAGGGUUGCUACAGUUCCGUGAUGUGUUUCGGAGGCUGAGAGUAGCAAGAGCUCGCCUACACACUGACCACCCACUUCUGCCAGUGCUGGAUGCAUGCCCCCACCUCCCUGGGGGUGUUGCAAGGCAGGGCAGCGUCUCAUGCUACUGCCCAGCUGGUAACACUCAGCUGGUGGGGAACCCAUCCGCAAGUACCGAUCACCUUCCGAGGAAACCAUCUCCCAAGCCAGCAAUCCGGUUUUACUUCCCAUCUCCCUAGAAAGCUCAGAAGUGCCUUGGUUUGUGCUCUGAAGCCCACCAGCCAGCCCUCUGGCUCUUCCCCAGUCCUGUGAUAGAAAGUGAUGGAACUGGAAUCUUCCAAGGAGAUAUGGUAUUAACAGACCUCGAAACAGAAAAAGCAUCAAAUUUUUGCCUCUGGCUGGAAAGACCACCGGUCUCAGCUGCAAAAGUCUGAGCACACCAAGUGUUCCUGAGCCCUCAGAGAAAGCUGUGAGCCUUCACCUAAUCUGAUCUUACCUGUCAAGGUUUGGUUAUGGCCGUGGGGAGGAGGAAGUGGGGGCUGGGGCAGAAGGGAGCCCCGCGCAAGCACUUUGCAGUGAAUUAAACUGCUGCUAGGGAGCCCCAGCUUCCUGGGAAUAAUUGUUCAGCUCCAAAAUGGAGGCCACGUUGCGAGGGGAUAUUGGAGGUGGUGUUUGUCUUCAGUUCCGGAAAGGGGGAGCCAAGACUGGCUUGGCAGGAUCAUGGCUCCCAAAGUUAAGGCAGAUGGGGACUGGUGUGUCACCCACCCGCCAUGGAGUCUGCAAGCAGCCCGUCCCCACUCGUGCUGGAGUGAACGCCAAGAACAUGCUGGACCCCAGGCCCCAGGGGCGCCCUCCAGGCAGGACUAUGGGGUGCCUCGCUCACUGACUGCCCAAUGCUGGCUGGCUGUACAGCUUGGGCUAAAAAAAAAAAAUGCCACCUUUUAAAAAGGCCACAGUGAAAAGCGUAGUCUGUGAUGAAUUCGUAUCUGUUAUUUUUGGAGAGCUAUUUUAUUACUGCAUGUUCCUUUGUCCACGCGUGUGAACGCUGAGUCCCACCACCGCGUGAGCUGCGCUCGUCCCAGCACGCGCUGCUUGGACACCCGCGUGACUGCAGCUCCUGGGUGGGGCUGCACCGGAAUUUAACCAGAGUCAAUGCCAAACAAAUAGUCUGAGAAGUGUACUUUUUAAGAAAUUAAUUUAUUUGAGUUCAGAUAUUUUUGAAAUAUAAAAAUUGGUUGUAUUUUUUAAAGCUAUAAUUCUUGUAGACAUUCUGUGGUUACAAAUUUGAUUGUGCUUAUUAUUAAAAAUGGUCAUCUAUGUUUUGCACUUCAGCUUUGUGAAAAAUAAAGUUUCUCUGGGAAGGUGA